GUUCGGGUUCAGUUUUCCGUUGGAAGUUUAUGCGAAGUUUUACGCCUGGAGUUGCCGGCGAAACUUCGGUAUUUUCGUGAUGUCGAAAAAAACUUUUUCUCUCCGAGUUGUUUCUCACAAACUUCAUUAAAUUACUGCUAAGAAAGAAUAUUUUAUGAAUCUACUCCAGAUAUGGAUAAAGACUUUUGGAAACGAGAGUUGUUUCCAUCAAGGCAACGCGGUUCAACAGACGUCAACUGGGAAUCGUUCGAUCGACCAAAAUCAACUUCGGGACCUAUGGAUAACGAUCGUUCGAGUACAAAGAGCGAUGUGAAGGAAGGAGUUAUGUUCGAGCAGCAACCCCAAGACGGAGAAAUUGAAAAUCAUCUCUUCUACCCUUAUUCCUUAGCCCUUGGUGCAGCUUGCGGGUUAUUAAUCCUCACAAUCUUAUUGGUUUACGCCGUUCUAAGAAGAAGCAGAGGAAAAAAUAACAACGAGGAAAGACAAUCUUCGACAAGUAUAUUAGUAUACCCGUCCAAGCAGACCGGAUCGCCUCCACAAUUUUUGACUAAAGAAAUAAACUUCAGUUUACCUCCUUUACGAAGUAAUUCUUUAGGAGACAUCGUUCUAUCUUCCGAAGAAAUCACCUACGAACCCGAAUUAGGAACUGAAUCCCUGCUUCUGCCAUCUGUACCGCAUAACGUUAGAUCAAACUCGUUUAGUUGUUACGGUUUGGGAGUCAUUGAACCAGCCCUAUACAAGAGUACUUUGGAUUUGGACGAGAUACAAUGGCCGGAAGGGCAUAUAGGACGAUUGUGGUUUUCUCUAAGAUAUGAACCUUGCACGGAAAAAUUACUUGUUUCUCUCCUGAAAGCGAAAAAUCUACCUUCAAGAACCAUCGGAACUGUUAACAGUUGCGAUCCAUUCGUGAGACUGUACUUGAUGCCGGACGAAAGAAGAUAUCUACAGUCGCGCCAAAAGAAGAAAUCCUGCAAUCCAUAUUUCGACGAAACUUUAGUUUUCCAGGUAUCUCCUAAAGAUAUGGCCGAUCAUACAUUGAAGCUAACAGUCAUAGAUGGAGGAAGAACAAAAAAGAAAGGAGAAAUAGGUCACGUGUCGUUUCCAUUAAAAGAUUUAGAAAUAGGAGAUGGUUUGGAGCAACAACUUUUCAAAAUGGAUUUAGAGAAAGAAGCUCCAGAGUAUAAGACUGAUUUAGGAGAACUGUUAAUUUCUCUAGUUUAUAAUGAGAAUAUCGGCAGACUUACUGCGACAGUUAUAGAAGCCAGAAGACUUAAGUUUUUGGGGGAUAAACUUGAAGCUUACGUCCGAUUGACUCUAAGUCACCACUACAAGACGGUCAAAGAAAAACGUACAGAGAUAGCGAAAUGUUCGAAUGACAGAACUGUCACUUUUAUAGAAGGAUUUAAUUUUAAAGUCGGAGCUUCGCAAGUUGAAACUACGAGUUUAGCGUUUCACGUAUUCCAAUCGACCAGUGGUUACGGUAGGGAUAAAUUGAUCGGGAAAUGCGUGCUGGGUUCGUAUAUGUUCGCCAGAGGUAAAGCGCUGAUCCAAUGGAACACAGCUUUCGUUAACCCCAUGGAACAAUGUCAACAAUGGCAAGCUCUAUCGGAAUAACCUAAAAAUUUGAUGUAUGAAUGUAGUACAAAGAAAAAUUAUUUAUUCAUUGUUUAAUGUAUGUUUUAUAUUGUAUCUAAUGUAUAAAAAACAAACAUACAUACUAGGGAUGCUAGGGAAAAAUAAAUUACAAAAUAAUUUAUAAUAGUUCCAAGUUUAAAUAGUUUAAUACGUGUUUGGUACGUGAUUAAGUACUCAUACGAUUUUUUUUUACGAUUAUUAUAUAGUAUAUCAAAUUUGGAUACAAAUUGUGCAAAAAACAAUGAAAAAUUCGAUCUCAUUCAACUGUGUAUUCUUAAGAUUCCCUAGCUCAGAAAUAAAUGGAGAUAUAUGUGUUAUUUACCAUAAAAAAAAGUUCUAUCAAACUUGUAAGUACUGUAUGAAAAAUAAUUUAACACUUUUUGAUAAUUAACGUUUUUCAUAUUGUUUCUUAAGUUCUUAAUUUAUUUAUACACUUAACUUUCAAUAAUUUACUUAUAAAUAUCACUUUGUGCGAUUAUUUUCACUAAUUAGUUUUUUUCACUAAAACUAUUUAUUUAAAAACUGACUAACCGCGUUUACGCAAAUCAUUUAUAUAUCUAAAUAAAUUCUAAAGCAAAAAUAAAACGAAAGAAAUAAAUAAAUGGACUUUCCUGGAAAUUAUUUAGAAGAAAUACUGCAAAUAAACCGCUUGCUACUAAAGAAAUUACAUACGUCAUUUAUGAAAAACGUGAAAAGCGCCGCGCGAAUUUGCCGAAUUUAAAAUUCCAUAGUAGAUCUACAGGACCGGCUUAGGGAACCAUUUUGUCAACAAUUGGCCAAUGAAAAGGUUAAAUGAUUCAAAAUUCAAUACAUCUUUGCAUAAUUUAUGAAUGAAUACGUUAUUUCUAUAAAAAAAAAAUAGACCGGAAGGGAUUGGAUAAAGGAUUGUUUUCUGAUUCCAGCAUAUAAGCUUGGAAAACAUUUUUAUGAAUGUUCAUACAUAUUUUGGAUACUAAAAUCGAUGAUAAACAUGACAGGAAUGAAGAUGCUGCAGGACACACAGGCAAUAUCAAUGGAAACUCAAGGAAUUUUCCACGAAUCUUACUACAAAAGGCAGGACUUUGAUCCAAUCCCUCUCGAUCUAAAAGGAUUCAUUUUUUUUAUAAAUAUUAUCUUCCCGCUUUAAUUACGUAAUGAAGAUUUGUGGUAAAAGUACUUUUGUCAGAAAAAUUAAUCAAUUUAUUGAAAUUUUUUGGUUUUUUUUCCAAAUUAGAUCCCUUAAAGACAAACAGAGCUUCAAUCGCCUAGCUUUAACCAAGAAUCUAAAAAAUGAAAAUUCAAAUCGAGAAUUUUUCAUUUUUUGGGGGACACAGUACAGAAAAAAUAAUUUCCAAAUUAGUUCCAAGAUUAUUUUUAGUUGUUUGUCUUCAAGUAUGAUCUAAAUAAAUCGGACCAAAUGCAUUGCAUGAGAAACAAUUAGAUAAAUGAUAACGAUUAACGUUAUUGCGUUGUUGUGUGCAUAGAAAUAAAUAAAUAAUUUGUAUUAGACA